UAUUUGUGUGUGUGUGUGUGUGUGUGUUGAAGACCAACCGGGGAGGUUCUUGAAACAUUGAAGCACCAGGUGGAUGCACUUCUUGUUGCAAGCUUGAAAAUGGAAACAGAACCUUUGGGAAUGUUUCUGGACAAUGCAUCAGUUCUGGAUGUGGAUCGAGGAAUAAUUAACAACGUUUACAUCCAGCAACACUUUGACGCUUUUAGCGUCACCAUCGCCGUGCUGUAUUUAGCAGUAUGCAUUGUGGGAUUGGCUGGAAACUCGCUGGUCAUCGUGGCGAUUUUGAAACUGGAUAAAAUGUCUUCGGCGACCACUGUGUAUAUAUUCAAUCUGGCGUUGGCUGAUGGACUCUUCAUGGUCGGACUGCCGUUCAUCGCUAUACAGAACUUCCAAGAUCAAUGGAUUUUCGGAGGCGCGGUUUGCAAGCUGGUUAUGAUUCUGGAUGGCAUCAAUCAAUUCACAAGUGUUUUCUGCUUGACGGUGAUGAGCGUUGAUCGAUAUAUGGCGCUGGUGGAUCCAUUACGCUUUGCACGUUGGCGGACGCCAAAAAGAGCCAAGAUUAUCGCCGCGUUGAUGUGGUUCAUUUCAUUAUUUCCAGUUCUUCCAAUGGCAAUUCAUUUUUCUGCAGAUUACGGUUUGUGCACCGUUGACCCUCACGUUGCAUCUGACUCUUGGUGGUUGGCCUUUCUCAGCUAUACAUUCGUAUUAGGCUUCGCUCUACCGUUCACAAUAAUGAUCGUGUUUUACACAGCGCUCGUCGUGACUUUAAGAAACGCCAGGCAGACUUCAGCAUCUCUGGAGAAUCACCACUUGGAGAAACAAGUCACCAAAAUGGUAGUGGCGGUCGUUUCGGUGUUCGGCGUCUGCUGGUUGCCGUUUUACGUCUUCAACUUCUGCUCGCUGCACCAAAUGGACCUGGUUCUGGAUUUCACCCGUGGAUUUGAGUUUGUGGUGUUACUGUCGUACUCCUGGAGCUGCGCCAAUCCUAUAUUAUACGCUUGUUUGUCGGAAACGUUUCGAAGGCAUUUCCGUGUCCUCCUGUGUCCUCAUAAAAGCUCCCCGACGCCCUGCGAAAGAGACACUGAAGGCUACGUUCUGCACGACACCAACGCACAAGGAGCUAGCGUGCUAGCGUAAUGCAUUUUGACUUUAAAUAGGAGAAUCUAGAGCGUCAGUCUUAUGUUGAACGAAUGUUGGGUUCCUCAUAAUUCCGUCAUGUUGUCUUAACACAAAUCGAUUAGGUUAAAGUUAUUGUUUUAACAAAUUUAAGUGGAUUAAACAU